AUGGCCGACCCCAUCACCGACGCGCCUGUGAUCGAUGAGUUUGCGCAAACCCGUGGCGGGGAUGAUUUAUUCGACGAUGAGAUCGUUCCCGUCUCUGUGGAGGGGCAAGUACAGGCCGAAAUUCCAGUACCGGAGGAGAACGCUGCACCUGUGGAGAGCCAACCGUCACCUCGCAUAGACACCCCGCCGCGUACGCGUGGAACCGAAAAGCGAGGGCGAGGGAGGGGAAGAGGACGCGGCGGACGCGGUUCACAUCGGGGUCGUGCAGAUGGAGUACCGAGGGCGAAGUCGAUUGACAAUGCCGUCGAACGUGGCGAUAACGCUACAGAGGAUUCAACACGCGAUACGCCAGUCGAGGCAUUAGAACAGCUUACAAUCGAGGAUGAAACUCAACAAGAGGCUAAGUCAGCCGGGGCAGCAAUUGGAGACGAACCACCACGUGUUCCAGCUGUUCGUGGAGAUCGGAGUGCUACUGGUGGUCUAAAAAAGCCCAAACUCACAGAGGAAGAGCUAUCUCGACGCAUCGCCGCCGCCAAAGAGAAUGCCGCGAAAAGAGCUGCUGCACAUGCGCGCGCGGAAGCCGAUCAAGCUUCUUUUCUUGAACGCGAAAAGGUUGCAGAGGAGAAACGCCGCCAGGAACGCCAGAACCGUCGCGCAAUGGACACCGAGCGUGAACGCAAUCGACUGAGAAAGCUCGAGGCUCUGAACGGAAGAGAAUGGGACGCCUCUAAGCGCGAAGAAGACUACAAUCCUCGCGGUGGCCGAGGACAAUUCCGACGGGGAAUGCAUGGGGGAGUUUCAGGACACGUGCGACGGGAUUUCGAAGUGGACACACGCGCGGAGGAGGACAGCGCAGAUGGGCGUCAGCAAUACAACAGUGGUCGGGGCCGAGGACGUGGACGAGGUGGUCGCGGACGGGGCGGAUCUCGCGGAGCUCGAGCAGGUACUGGGGGCUUCGAUGGGACGUCGGAGAAGCCUGUUUCAGCGGAGUCUUCAGCUACCUUGGUCAUCGACAACGAACAAGAUUUUCCAGCUCUUCCUGGCAAUAACAAGAAAGUGGAAAAGCCAUCAGAAAAAGCCCCUGCUGCGCUGGACAAGCUGGAAACACUGUCGCCUGUGACUGGAGCUACUUGGGCCGACCAGGUCGAGGCGCAACCGGAGUAG